AUGGACCUGCUGCCCUCACCCGAGGUGCACAUUGAGUUCGUCUACGCGCCCCUGUCGCCAGAAUCCGUGCGGUGGUUCAGCUACAGAGCGCCUUACGACAUCAAAGAACUGUCCAAGGCCACUGAGAUCCCUCACCGCGGCUCGCUGCUGCGUUUUUGCGAGGCCGACAGUGCGGCGCUAGAGGCCGCAUACCGGUCGCGGCACGACGAGCUAGAGCGCUUCUACUGGGAGGAGGAGGCGGAGCUGCAGAAGGGGCCUGAUGGUUUGCCAGCCCCACCCGCAGCCAUCGAUGGGUGGAGCUACUUCAUGGGCAGCGACUGCGCAGACGACGAGCCUCGUGUGCAAGUUCGCAGCGGCGCAUUCGAAGUCGACCUGCGCUGCCGCCAGCUGCGCCCCUGCUACUGGCCCGCCAGCCGCCACCGCGUGCUGCGAGGCACCUGGUUUGCAGAGAAGGGCGGCGAGUGGGUGCCGCUCAAGGAGUCGCUGGCUGAGCAGCUAGAGGAGGGGUACCGGCAGUCCAUCUGGUUGCCGCAGCGGGGGCGCCUGCAGCCGCAGACGGUGGGGGGCGGGUAUGCAGCACGCCUGGAGCUGACUACUCACAUAGAAAAGGGGCUCUAUGCACUGUUUGUGUCAGAGGACGAAGUGUUCCUGAGCCAGGACACAGGCUGGGGCUGGCUGCGCAAGAUUGGGGCGUCGUCCACCGCCGGCCAGCAGCGCCUGCGCCUGCGCCGUGGCUACGAGCAACCUGGCAGCAAGGCGAGAGAACAAGCGCUGCUGGAGAAGGAGGCUGACCUGCGGCAGGAGGAGCUGGACGAGGCGUGCGCCGCCGCCCCGGUGUCCCGCCUCGUGCUGGUUGUGCACGGCAUCGGGCAGAAGCUGGAGGGCGCCAACGUGGCGCAGGAUGCCAGCAGCUUCCGCAGCGUGCUGCGCCAGGUGGCACAGGACCAGUCGCAGCAGGGCCUGCUGGAUGAGCAGGCAGCAGCAGGCCGCACCGAGGUGCUGCCGGUGCAGUGGCGCAAGCACCUGGUCCUGGAGGCAGACCACCUCAGCCGCCAGCUCAUGCCGCCGGGCAUCCCCGCCCUGCGCCAGGUGCUGCACAGCACCGUGGUGGAGAUCCUGCUUUUCAUGACGCCCAGGCACCGCGCAGAGAUCGUCGCCUCCCUGGUCGCCUCCCUCAACACCGCCUACCGCCGCUUCAUGCGCCGCAACCGGCACUUCAAGGCAAGUGCGACCUUUGCACUCGGCAGCGUGUCCAUUCUGUCGCACAGCCUGGGCACCGUGCUCUGCUACGACCUCCUGUGCGCCCAGCCGCUGUCGCCUCAGCUAGUCGAUGGGGCGAGCCUGCUGCCACACACAGCACCGGAAGCAGCAGGGUCGCCGCAGGGACAGGCCAUGCAGUCGUUGCCAAGCACGCCGCCCAGGCCGCCGCUACGCAGCGCGGGGCAGUCGCCAGGUGGCAGCAGAGGAAGGAGUCGCGCUGAGGGCGGCGACGACAUGGCGAUUGACCUCACUGCAGACAGCCCCACGGCAGCCAUGCAGCAAGAGCUGUCGCGGCUGCGAGGCGAGAACCAGCGGCUGCAGCUGCAGCUGGAGGUUGCCAGGGCGCAGGGCAGCUUUGGUGGGUCGCUGCCUGAAAGCCAGAUGCAACAGUCGCCGCCGCCGACCGACCAAGCUGUCGCUGCUGAGCAGUCGGAAGCUGCAGAGUGGCCAGGGUUACAGUUCAGCGUGGACACGCUGAUCAUGCUGGGCUCCCCGCUGGGCUGCUUUUUGGCGCUGCGUGGCGUCAGCGAGGCGAAGGGCACGGGCCUGGGCACCGCAGCUUCUGCGCCGCUGAUGCAGCUGGCGCCUGGGCAGCCAUUUUCUCCUGAUGGCCUGCCAGCAGUGCGCCGCCUGCUGAACGUGUAUCAUCCUUACGACCCUGUCGCGCACAGGAUAGAGCCCCUGACGCAGCCGCAUGCACAUGUGCAGCGGCCGGCCUUUGUGUCACUGUUCAAGGGAGGGAAGCGCAUCCACCUGGCGGUGCAGGCAAGCUCAGUACGACCUGUACAUCUGUCGCUUCUGUCGCUUCCAUUAUGCUGGUGUGAAAAGGAGCUUUCGAGACCUGCACAUGAUGAGUUCUCAGAAGACGUGGGCAGCGCUGCCAGUCGCUUUGGCACCUCUCUGCUCAGCAGCCUGGCCUUUGCCAAGUUCAAAGGCAGCGCCACCUACAAGGCCCAGCAUGGGGGCGGGCAGGGAAGCAGUAGCGGCACAGCAGCAGCAGAUGCAGCAGCAGCAGCAGCAGAAGCAGCAGCAGAGGCGGCAGAGGCGCUGGCCGAGGAGGAGGCAGUGCGCCGCCUGACCGGCAACAAGUCUGCCCCUGACCUGGGAGGCGGCGACUCUUUCAUGGGCGAGGCGCAGGAAGAACAGCAGCACCUGCAGGAAGGGCGGCUGUAUGCGUCGCUCAGCUUUGGGGUGAUGGACCAGAGCGCAUCGGGCACUGUGUCAGCAGAAGCGUCUGCAGCAGCCACCUCGCCCACGCGGCGGCGGCAAGGAGCAGGACCCCUGGCCACAGCGCUCGAGGGCGGCAGCACCUGCAGCGGCAUUGCCAGGGUGGCAGACGGCCUUCCAGAGUCGUCUCUUGAAAACCAGUACCUCUCCGCCCUGUCGGCCCACUUUGUCUACUGGACCAGUGUGGACGUGGCGCUGUUUGUACUGCGGGCUGUGCACGGCCUGGAUGUGGUGACAGGUGCCAGCAAGCAGCAGGGCGAGGCCGCGGAUCAGGCCCCUGCUGCGGCAGCAGUCGAGGCAUUUGAUGUGCAGCCGGCGGGCAAGCGGGUGAUGGAGCCCACCUCGCCGCGGCAGCACCUCAUCGCCCUGCCGUGA